AUGGGUUAUUUACAUUCAUUCACCUUUGGAUUAAAAUUCAGCGUAAUUAAAAAGAAGAAUUCUAUGCUUCAUUAUAUUUGCCAGCAAGCUACAUGGUUUUUACUUACAAUUCUUUUCUUGAAACUUUCAGAUGGAGGAAAGGUGUUGGUAAUACCUGUGGAUGGCAGUCACUGGCUCAGUAUUCAACCAGUUAUGGAACGCCUUCAUCACAGAGGACAUCAAGUAACAGCUGUGGUUCCUGAUGCUAAUUUGCUGAUAAAACCAUCUGAUCAUUACACAGUGAAAACAUUUGCUGUACCCUAUUCAACGGAAUAUUUGAGAACACAAGUUCAGAAAUUGGGUUAUAAGGUUUUUGUACAUCAGCCUUUCCUGGCAAGAAUUACUGAGACAUUUGCAAGAAUAAAGAAUAUUACAAUGAUAUACUUAAAUAAUUGCAAACAACUUUUGUACAACAAAGAUUUGAUUACUUACCUUCAAGAUAGCAAAUUCAAUGUUGUACUUAUGGAUCCAAUGUCUCCAUGUGGUCAAAUUGUGGCUGAAUACUUAUCCAUUCCUUCUGUUUUCUACUCACGUGGACUUCUAUGUGGUUUAGAUUCUGAGGCGACUAAGUGUCCAAACCCACUUUCCUAUAUCCCCAAAUUCUUUACAGGCAGUACUGAUCAUAUGACAUUUAAUCAACGAGUAAAAAAUUUUUUGUUUGGCUCAUUUCAAUCAAUGGUGUGUUACUUAAUUUACUCACCAUUUGAAGAUUUGAUCAAGGAAUUCCUGCAUCGAGAUAUGACAGUAGUGGAGCUAUAUAGCCAAGCUUCAAUUUGGCUUUUUCGCUAUGACUUCAUAUUUGAAUAUCCAAGGCCUAUCAUGCCAAAUAUGAUUUUAAUUGGAGGUAUAAACUGUGCAAAGGAGAAGCCAUUAACACAGGAGUUUGAAAGCAUGUUGGAGAAAUCUGGUGAAGAUGGAGUUGUGGUGUUUUCCAUGGGAUCAAUGCUUUCUGAAAUGCAAAUGAAAAAAGCCAUGGAAAUUGCUGAAGGAUUGGGAACAAUACCACAGACAGUAAGAAAAGCAAAUCUAAAAUCUACUGUGUAUAUGAAGAUAUGUUAAUGUCUCCAUUAAACGA